UGAUAACGAUCCGCAUUCAGACUAUAUCAAUGCGAACUUCAUUGACGGAUACAAUUAUUCCAGAAAGUACAUUGCUGCCCAAGGACCCAACGCGGCAUCGGUUCAGGAUUUCUGGCGAAUGGUAUGGGAGGAGGACUGUGGGAAGAUUGUCAUGCUCACCAACUUGAUAGAGAAUGAUAAGAAAAAGUGUGAAAAGUACUGGCCAGACAGAAAAAUGGUGUAUGGAAAGAUUGUUGUUGCAUUAGAUAGUACUGAAGUAGACACACAUUACACGGUCAGGAAAUAUAAUCUAAAGAUUGAUAAUAACAUCCGUGAAGUUGUCCAAUACCACUAUACUUCAUGGCCUGACAUGGGUGUACCCAAGUACACCACACCUCUUAUGAACUUCAUCAAGUUAGUCAACCAACACCACACCAGUAGUUCUGGACCAAUCGUUGUUCAUUGCAGUACUGGUGGACGCACAGGAACCUUCAUCACACUAGACGCAAUGUUGGAUCAGGCUGAGGCAGAGAAUGCCAUAGAUGUCUACAAUUUCAUCACAAGCAUGAGGAAUAAUCGGAUUAAGAUGGUUCAAGUAGCUGAACAAUAUCAGUUCAUCUACAAAGCCUUGUUAGAAACCUUUGUCUGCGGGGAUACCAGCAUAGCUGAAGAGCUUUACCUCAAGCGAUACCCAUACCUCCUAACUCCUGAUCCUGUUAAAGGAUGUACUGUGCUACAAGAGCAAUUCCAAAUCCUUCAUUUAUUUAACACCAUUCCAAGGGAAGAUGAACAGAAGGAUGCCACCAACCCGUUGAAUGUCCCUAAGAACAGACACAUUGACAAGAUACCAAUGGACAAACAUCGACCGUUUCUUAUUACAGAGGUGGAGGAUGGUAGUAACUAUAUAAACGCAUCUUUCCUUCCAGGAUACACCAAGAAGGACAUGUUCAUUGGUACCCAGACCCCUCUCCCAGAUACUGUUGCUGACUUCUGGCGAUUGAUCUUUGAUUACAAGAUUUCUACCAUUGUCAUGCUCAAUGGUAUGGCCUCAGAGGAUCAGUCAAUGGCGAAAUACUGGCCAGACGCAUCUCAAAGUGAAGUCACAUACGGUCCUUUCAUUAUCACAUUCGUCAAUGAGAAACAUUAUGAUGGAUUAUCAUGUAGGUCUAUGGAACUUCAAAACACUUCAUCCAAGUCUCUAGUUCACACUGUGUACCAACUCCAGCUUACGACAUGGCCGAUGGCAUCUGAAGUAUGUGCUUCUGCAAUCUCUUUCAUGGAGCUUCAUCGUAGGGCAACGGCAUGGAAUGACACCAAUGCUGAGGAUGCACCAAUCCUAGUUCAUUGCACGGAUGGUGAAGGGGCUACAGGGACAUUCUGUGCUCUCUCGUCUGUCUUGGAGCGACUGAAGGUUGAGAAACUGAUUGACGUCUUUGAAGAAUGUAAGGCACUGAGGGCAAUUCGACCUGGCGCAGUUGCAACGUUGGCUCAAUAUAAGUUCAUCCAUAACGUUAUCCAACUAACUUUGGAAUCUAAGGGCAUCUACGAAAACUGUCGUGAAUGAAUCCGGACCUCAUUUAGACAUCAUCGUCGUCAUCGUCUUCAUCAAUAAUUGAAACAUGCAGGGUCACAGCAGAUCUUUUUCCUGUAAUUGUAAUAUUGGUGGACAAUAUCUUUGAGGGACAAAAUUUCCAGUUGAGCUUUAACUCUCAUGUUGUUUCCAAUUGCAUGGGUAUAUUUAUAGAGUACCGAAGCAAUCAGUUGCCAUGGUGUCAUGGCGGCCUGGUUCUAAACAAAUUAACCCGCCGAAUGAAAGCGAGUGUUUAUCUUAGAAGAAAAUGGCUGCUAUCGGAAUUUGAUAGCUUGCAACCUAUUUUUCAGACGAGCCAAAGUCAUACAAAUGUGUACAGACGAUCGUCAGCUGCGACUCUGUUCAGAACCAGCCCGCCAUGACACCAUGGCAACUGACGUCACACUUCGGUACUUUAUUGUAUUGGCUAUCAUUUCAUCAACUUAUUGACAUACCAACAAGCAGUGGCGUAACUACGGGGGGCAUGGGGGGCACG